AUGAGUUCGGAUUCAUCAAAACGUAUAUGGAGACUAUAUACUGAUCUCAAAAUUUGGGCUGAGAGCCAUGAUGCAACAUCGAAGAGAUUCAGUGUCAAAGAUAAUUCUAUAGAAAAUCCAGAAUUAUUAUCUUCAUUACAAUCAAAUAAUGUUGCGACUGCCUCGACAAUGCAGACCAAGUUUUUUAUUAUUGUCGGAUUAAUAUAUCCAUCAACGGAUCCGUUCAAAAAACAUCUUCUGGAAGUAGAAAUACGUGUGCCAUUUACAUAUCCACAGGAACCACCAGAAGUAUAUAUGAGAACCAGCAUUCGUCAUCCUAAUAUCGAGAAAAAUGGCAAACUUUGUAGUGCUCGUUUGGAUGCAGGAAAAAAAUGGGAUGGAAUUCCGUUGGCUAAUGUUGUAAUACUUAUUAUCGAUCUUAUCGAUAAACCUGAACGAAGUCAUGUAGUCGAUGCUGAAAUGGGUUCGAUAUAUGACACGAACAUCACCGAAUACAAUCAAAAGAUGAUGGAAAUAGUCACAAAACAUGGCAUACCUCGAACUUAA